AAUUGUCAAUCACAAUAUCUAGAAUUUUAUUAUAUCUCAGCAUUACACAAAUGAUUCUCUCUGCAUUACAAUCCACCGUUGCUUAAUAUUCUUUCUCAACAAACAAGAACCUAUCUCUCUCUAUCUAUUCUUAUUCCAUUCUAAUCUUUCUGGUUUCAAUUCCCUUACUUUAUCUUCAUUGCUUUCCAAGCCAAGAAUCUCUCCUUCUACUGAUUCUUCUCCCUUCUUUUUCAACCAUGUUUCAUCACUCUUCUUUUUCACCUCUCUCUCUCUCUCUCCAAACCCUUCUUUUUCUCUCUCUCUCUCCAUCAUUUUCAUUUUCUCUUCCUCUCACAUAACUUAACCACAAAAUCUAUACAUAUAAGCUUCCAUCAUCAUCAUCAUGGCUCCUCCUCCUUCAGAUAUCAAUCAUCUUUCUCACCCUUGCAUAUAUGGUGAUUUUUCUUCUUCAUACUCAGAGAGGAAGUCUGGUUUUAUGAAAUGGUUUGGCAAGAUUUUCAAAAUUGGGUCAAAUAGAGGAAGGAGUGGCGGUCAUCAUCUACAACAACCUAUAGACGAAAACAUGUCUUGGCGAGCUCCACCGAGAUCCUUGGAUAACCGUGGUAGAUCUAAGAAGGAGGAAGAGGAUUUGAACAAUGCAAUUGCACUUUCUUUAAGUGAAGAUUUAAAGAUACCAGCAGGAUAUAGAUGGCGAACGGGAGCUGAUGAUGAUUACGCAAAGGCACUUCAGGAUCGCACAAACUCGUCUCUACACCCUCCAUAUGCUCCUUUACCGUUUUAUCCCCGGGGAUACAGUAUGCCAUCACAAGUCAGAAUAUGUGGAGGCUGCAACAAGGAGAUACACUAUGGUAAUUGUUUGGGAGUUGAAAAUAGUUAUUUUCAUCCAGACUGCUUUCGGUGUCACUCUUGUCAUCAACCUAUUACCGAGCGCGAGUUUUCUUUGUCAGGGAAGCAUCCAUAUCAUAAGUAUUGCUUUAAAGAAUUGAGCCAUCCUAAAUGUGAAGUUUGUCAUCAUUAUAUACCUAUAAAUGGUUCUGGUUUGAUUGAGUAUAGGUGUCAUCCCUAUUGGAAUCAAAAGUAUUGUCCAUCUCACGAAUAUGAUAAUACAGCUCGCUGUUGUAGCUGUGAAAGAUUAGAGUCUCGGGGCGAACGGUACUUUAGAUUAGAUGAUGGACGGAUUUUGUGCUUCGAGUGCAUGGAAUCUGCAAUAACAGAUACCGGUGAAUGUCAACCUCUUUAUCAUGCUAUUAGAGACUAUUACGAAGGAAUGAAUAUGAGAAUCGAUCAACAAAUCCCUAUGCUUCUAGUUGGGAGAGAAGCACUUAAUGAAGCCAUUGUUGGAGAAAAGAAUGGUUUCCAUCACUUGCCAGAAACAAGAGGCUUAUGCCUUUCAGAAGAGCAGACUGUCACCAGCGUACAUAGAUGGUCAAAAAUUGGUGGCCAUCGAUUAAUAGGGAUGCGAAGUCAACCACAAAAGUUGAUUCGAAAAUGUGAAGUUACAGCUAUUCUUGUUCUCUAUGGUCUUCCGAGGUUACUCACAGGUGCUAUCCUUGCCCAUGAGUUGAUGCACGGUUGGUUACGCCUCAAAGGUUACCGCAACCUUGAUCCUGCAGUAGAGGAAGGUAUCUGUCAGGUUCUUUCUUACAUGUGGCUUGAAGCAGAAGUCAUGUCAGGUUCUAGAACCAUGCCAUCGACAUCAACGGCUUCUUCCUCGUCCUCGUCCUCGUCCUCCUCCUAUUCAUCAAAGAAAGGUGUGAAAUCCAAAGUUGAGAAUAAGCUAGGCGAAUUCUUCAUGAACCAGAUUGCCAAUGAUUCUUCCCCAGCUUAUGGUGGAGGCUUUAGAUCAGCUAAUGCAGCUGUUAAUAAAUACGGUUUACGUUGUACUCUCGACCAUAUUCGUUUGACUGGUCAAUUACCACUAUAAUAAGAACAACUUCUCUAAGGAGUUCGGAUUGUAGUCUUUGAUGUUGGAUUGGUUUAAAUCCAACGCAGAAAAUUGGAUAGCUUCUCCUCCUGCUAUUUCGUGCUCGUGAGGAGAAGGUCUGUUCUAUAAGAAUAUCGAAAUAUAAAUUCACUACUAUUAUACUUGCCAUGUUACAA